AAAACUCAACUGAGAGAUGCUGGUACUGAGUUCUGAUGAGUUCCCCCUGAAAAAAGCUUGCCUUGAUGGAGGAUGGAUAAAUUGUUGGAGCGUCUGUGUGUUCAACCUCUAACUUGUGUGUGACUGAAAUGUAGCCUACUGCCCAAAUAAAGGAACCGGAAGUUGAGCCGCACAGUUCGUCAUUCUGUCCAGUAAGUCUAUGGAAGGAAGCGGAAGUGGUUUUCCGAGUACCGCUCAAAAAUCAGCCGUCUAGGAAGCGGAAGGUCCUUUUCCAUUAGUGUCCGUGCUCCUGCGUCCCUCGCUGAAAGGAUCCGACGACGGCUCGUUCCCUCAGAAUGUGAUGGUUCCCAAGACUGAAAUGGAUCCCAUGCAGAAGAACACUCACAUCCUUGUUGGUGUUACUGGAAGUGUGGCUGCUUUAAAGUUGCCUAUUCUUGUAUCAGAGCUUCUAAAGAUACCUGGGCUGUGGAAAAAGCGUGAGGAUCCUGUGCUGCAUAUUGACCUGAGGCGCUGGGCUGACCUUCUGCUGGUGGCUCCUCUGGAUGCAAACACCCUGGCCAAAAUGGCCAAUGGCCUCUGCGACAACUUACUGACAUGCGUCAUCCGCGCCUGGGAUCUGAGCAAGCCGCUGCUCUUCUGCCCCGCCAUGAACACCGCCAUGUGGGAGCACCCCAUCACUGCUCAGCAGGUGGAUCAGCUCAAGAGCUUCGGCUACGUGGAGAUUCCUUGCAUCGUGAAGAAACUCAUCUGUGGAGACGAAGGUCGUGGCGCCAUGGCAGAAGUGCCAACCAUUGUGGCGAAAGUAAAGGCAAUCCUGUCGGAGCGGGGCCUGUCGGCACACAGCUGAUCCCCAAGAACGGACAGCAUUUCUUUCUCCUUCUGGGACUGUGAAGGUAGAAAGAGCAGGGAGGGAAAGUGAAGACCACACAAACUGGAUCCAGUCCUUACUGGCAUCUCUGUCUCUGCAUGGUUGGAGACCUCCUGCACUUGAACUUGAGAGUUUUGAUUUGGGGGGGGGAUCCUCUGUCAUCCCUUUCGUGCAACCCCAAUGCUUGUUCCAGCUUGAAGAGGGAGUUGUAAACUCACAAUAUGCCGGGCGGUUUUAAUGGUGUGGCAUUUACCUUGCAGACAAGAGACGGUGUUCAUAAAAAGUCAGGAGAGCAGCUGUAGUAGAGGUUCAUAACGGUUUCUUAGGUGUAGCCUUUGCACCAGGGAUUUCACAGGGAUUAGAAUGGGAGCUGUUUCACAACUUUCCUGGCGCUUGGCUUCCAUCAGUAUGUCUGCUUAGGGGCCCUAUGACUUUAGCUUUUGCUGCUCCCCAUGUCCUCUGACGCUCAGGAAUGCUGACAUCAAAGACACAAGGAAACAGACCCUCUGCAGGAGAGGUCUUGUCAGGUUCGCUACCGCUGUGUAGUGCUUUCGGCACCUUGAUUCAGGGUUGGGGUGGGCAAUGGCCUGGGAAUUUCUUUGCUGAGAAACGGGCUAAACAAACACUCACAAUUGAUUAACAGCUUUGUUACACAAGCGUUGUGGUGGUGCAGUCCGGGACUGGAUGGUGGGAGGAGAUCCAUUCCAGGCCCGUCUCUAUCCCUUUGAUCCCUGCCGGUGGGCCAAUGUCAGGUGGGGUCGGUGGACUGGCCUGCCUGGUCAGUGGCCUGUCACAUAAACACAGCAGAGUUUGCUCUCGUGUCCUCAGAGUGCAUUUAAAACCAAAGCACGUUCCGCACAAACAGGGGCGCCUGGUACAAAACGUACAUGAAGGGCAAACUUUGAACUGCUACGCGCAAGAGAAACAUUGGACCGUUGUCAGUUUCCUACAGAUAAAAAGCUCUUUGUAGUUUUCCCACCUUGCCUUCCAGCUUGUCGCAGGGACACUACUUCCUGCGUGGGGAUGGAGGGCUGGGGUUAAGGGCAUGAGAUUCACCAUAGGUCAUCAUCUCUCGGAGACGGAGCACAAACUUUGCGCCCAGAAAGAGCCUCUGGUUUCUCAAGUUGGCAGGGCAGGGGUGGCCUUGAGAGAGCCAUGACCAAUUGGAGUUAGAUGGAACAGUGGAGGGUGAUUUCUUGCCUUCAAUCUUUGGUUCCCAGACUGCAGGGAUGGCAUAGCUGAAGACGGCAGGGAAUUCCAGGGAGAAUGGGUUCUUUGCCCUGAAGCAUACAGUGCCUUUUCCCCUCCACCAGCCAAAUCCUGGGUGGCUUGAACCCCUGACUGAGGACCCUCACUGAUCCACACUGAGCUUGUGGGGGCAAAAGGAUCAUCAUUGCCCUAUCACCCCACCCAGCUCCUCUUGGAAGAGCUGCUGCUUUGCCUUAACUAGGAGAAGCCAAAAGAUGCCCUUGGUAUACAGUGGUACCUCGGGUUACAUACGCUUCAGGUUACAGACGCUUCAGGUUACAGACUCCACUAACCCAGAAAUAGCACCUCAGG